AAUUUUAAUCAAACUGUCUCUAAACAAACUAAGCACCAAAAACUGAAGUUUAUCACUCCAACUCUCUCUCUCUCUCUCAACUCGCCGGCCGUGAAAAUUCAUCCUUCACGUGCUUCGUCGUUCUUCACAAGCUUCUCGAUCUCUAUUAUUCUCUUUACAACAAAAUUUUCCGUUUCAAUUUCCUUACAAUUUAACUUAAUUCGAGUUUUCGUUGCUUUAACGAUCCAAAAAAAAUACUUCUCCCAGCCGACGGAUCGUGCUGGGUUUAUAUGGGCGAAACGAUGUUACGCAUCACGAUGAGGUUGUGGAUGUUUUGCUUUUCUUCUUCUGAUUGAAAUGGUGGAGAAAUUUGUGUGAAGAGGAGAGGAAGCCUAAUGAAGCAGAAGGUUGCACAGCGGAAGGCUUUCUUCAAAUGGAGGAGGAAGCUUGCUUUUGUUCUAUUGCUUGUAUUUUGCUUCGGGAGCUUAGUUAUGAUGCAGUCUCGGUAUGGUCGGGUUAUGAUGCUGGCGUCCUUGCAUUUGCAUCCUCAAUCGGCUCGUGGACCGAAAGUCGCAUUUCUGUUCAUAGCUCGGAAUCGGCUUCCGUUGGACAUAGUGUGGGAUGCGUUUUUUCAGGAAGGGGAGAAUAAGUUUUCGAUCUUUGUUCACUCGAGGCCAGGAUUUUUAUUUAACAAGGCGACUACAAGAUCGACCUAUUUUUUGAAUCGUCAAGUUAAUGAUAGCAUACAGGUAGACUGGGGUGAGGCAAGCAUGAUUGAAGCAGAACGUAUCUUGCUUAGACAUGCACUUACCGAUUCUUCAAAUCAACGAUUUAUUUUUCUUUCUGAUAGCUGCGUACCAUUAUACAACUUCAGCUACACAUAUGACUAUGUCAUGUCAACUUCAACUAGUUUUGUGGACAGUUUUGCCGACACAAAAGAAGGGCGGUAUAAUCCUAAAAUGGAUCCAGUAAUCCCUGUUCACAACUGGAGGAAAGGAUCUCAGUGGGUUGUAUUGACAAGAAAGCAUGCGAAGGUUGUUGUGAAGGACAUUACAGUCUUUCCUAUGUUUCAACAGCAUUGCAAGAGGAAGUCACUACCAGAGUUUUGGCGGGAUCGUCCAUUUCCUAAUGAUCCAUCCAAGGAACACAAUUGCAUACCUGAUGAACAUUAUGUUCAGACUUUAUUGGCUCAAGAAGGACUUGAAGAAGAGCUCACCCGAAGAUCACUGACAUAUUCAGCAUGGGAUCUCUCAUACUCCAAAGACCAUGAACGCCGUAACUGGCAUCCUGUAACAUACAAAUUUUCAGAUGCUACGCCUGAUCUAAUACAAUCUAUAAAGGGUAUUGAUAAUAUAUAUUAUGAAACUGAAUAUCGACGAGAAUGGUGUACUAGUAAGGGAAAACCAUCCAGAUGUUUUCUUUUCGCGAGGAAGUUCACCCGUCCAGCUGCCCUCCGCCUUCUCAAUAUGUCUUUGCUUGGAGUGAAGCCUCAUUAAUAUUUGUAAAGGCAUCGAUCUCUCGGUCGAGGAACAUGCUACGAGCAUGAAGAAACUACAAACUCAGGCCCGAUGUUAGCAGUCACACGGAAUAAUUUCUCGAUAUAGAGGUGUGUAUUUACUAUUACCACGGUGUAUAUUGUCAAUUUUUUCUAUACAUAAAAUAAAUGAGUGAUAGAGGAUUGUUUUAAUUCACUUGGUUGUGCAUUAUAAAGCUAACUUCUAGAGAACUAAUAGCAUUAGGAGUUUAGGAUGACCCUACUGAUCUAUGAACAUUAGGAGUUUGAAAUUAUAACGUGAUACAUAGUUUUAUGA